CAUCCACAUCAUCAUCAUGAAAGGCUUUGGCAUUGCCACAGCCAUCGCGGCUGCGAGCAUGCUCGUCUCUAAGGUCGCUGCUGAUGUCGACCCCAUUGUCAUCAAGGGUUCCAAGUUCUUCUACAAGACCAACGGCACCCAAUUCUUCAUGCGCGGUGUCGCAUACCAGGAGGACGUCCAGAACACCACCGACUCUUCCUACACCGACCCUUUGGCUGAUGAGUCUACUUGCGCACGUGAUAUUCCCUACCUCACUGCUCUGCGCACCAACACCAUCCGUGUUUACGCCAUCGAUCCUACCAAGAACCACGAUGCCUGCAUGAACAUGCUCGCAGAUGCUGGCAUCUACGUCGUGUCUGACCUUUCCGCCCCUGAUACCUCGAUCAACCGCAACGACCCUGCCUGGAACGAUGACUUGUACCAGCGCUACACUUCUGUUGUCGAUGCCCUUGCCAACUACACCAACACUCUCGGUUUCUUCGCUGGUAACGAGGUCUCAAACUCUGCAAACACCACCAACGCCAGCGCUUUCGUCAAGGCUGCUGUUCGUGACACCAAGGCAUACAUCAAGACUCAGGGCUACAGACAACUUGGUGUCGGUUACGCUACAUCCGAUGACUCCACCAUUCGUGUAGAUAUGGCCGAUUACUUCGAUUGCAGCUCUGACACUGCCCUCAACAUCGAUUUCUGGGGUUACAACGUCUACUCUUGGUGUGAUCCUUCCAACUACCAGGAGUCUGGUUACGCUGCCCGCACUGAAGAGUUCUCUACUUACAGCGUUCCCGUUUUCUUCGCUAUGGCUGCAACACCCACCGUCCNCAGAACCUGGGGCGAGGUAGCAGCGCUUUACGGCGACAACAUGACUGAAGUGUGGUCUGGUGGUAUCGUCUACAUGUACUUCGAGACCUCGAACGAGUAUGGUCUUGUUUCCAUCGAGAACAACGCCGUUUCGACCCUGGCCGAUUACUCCAAUCUGAAGUCUGCCAUGGCAACUGUCUCUCCCUCAGGUGUCAACAGUGCCUCUUACACGCCCACCAACACUAUCGCCUCUUGCCCUGCCAUUGGUACUGCCUGGGCUGCUAAGGCCAGUCCUCUUCCGCGAAGCCCCAACAGGGAGCUCUGCCAGUGCAUGUUCAACUCUCUAAGCUGUACCGUCAAGCAAUCAGUCGAUGUCGAGGCCUAUGGUGAUAUGUUCGGUUACGUCUGUGGUGCUGACUCUAACGCCUGCGCUGGUAUUGCACACACUAACAUUUUAACANNGAACGCCACCACUGGUACCUACGGUGCUUACAGCAUGUGCAACUCCACCGAGCAGCUCGGUUUCGUUCUUGACCAGUACUACUCUGCUCAGCCUUCCGCUCAGCGUGCUAGCGCUUGUGCCUUCAGUGGAUCCGCUACCCUCAAGUCUGGCUCCAAGCCUACCGGAGCUUGCUCUACACUUAUGGCCCAGGCCGGAACGGAUGGUACAGGUCAAGUAACAGCCUCUCCCACUGCUGGAGCUGGUGCCGCUGCUUCUGGCGGCUCUGGUUCAAAGGCCUCUGGCUCUUCCGGCUCAAAGGGCGCUGCCGGUGCAUUGUCCGUCCAGUCGGUCCAAGUCGGUCCUUACACCCUUGGCCUCUCUGCUUUCGUUGCCAUCUUCUCUGGCGCUGCCGCUCUUCUUUUG